CCUCCCACCACCACAACUCGCAGGUCUGCCUGCUCGUUCUUCUCCCUUCGGGCCCGUUCAGAGAUCGCUAACAUGCUGCUCGCACGCUUGCGGACGACGGCGGCGGUAACUCGCAGCUUCCAGACUCGCGGGAUUGCCAACAUGUUCGGUGCCGCCACGAUGAAGACCGAAAAGGCUGCGGCUGAGGCCGCUGAAGCUGCGCAGCCACAGGAGCUCGGCGACAUCGUACUGGACGGCUUUGCCAAGCGCCAGUUUGAAGACAAGACGUACUCGGGCACUCAGAUCGACUUUGACAGGAACGAGUUUGUCAAAAAGGUGAACGAGAUCUACGAAGCCAACAACAAGCAGUUGGUGGACGGCUACGCGCCGUUCUGCAAGCACCUGUUCAUCAAGAACUUCACGGGUGCUCGUCUCAACAUGGUGGCCAUCACACAGGCAAACGCCCACAUGCUCAUGUCUGACUAUGAUGCUCGCACAGAAUACGAACUACCCGUACUGGGUCGUUGGUUCCCGAGCCACAGCGUGACCCCGAGAGUGGCCGAAUAUCUGGACAUUAUCCUCUACAGCCGUGAGCAGAUCAUUAAGGAGAAUGAGGCUGUGGACGUCCCGGCAGACCCCAGCCACGGCGAUUCCCCGUGGGGUAUUGUGUCUAUCAAGGCCCAGGACGAGGACCACGAGCUGCCCAUGAAGCCUAUUACCAUGAUGCGAAAUGCAGUGGGCAAGGAGCAGGGCGGCUCCGGUGUGCCUCUCGACCGCGGCGAGUACAUGAAGGCUGUCGAGUACUGGCGAAACCACGCUGUGAUCAAGAAGAUGUAGGCACCUGCGUCUAAGACGUUGACGUCAAGCGCGCCACGUUUUGAGAGCCUAGGCGAUCUUUGCAUGCAAAUCCCAGCCCACAGCGCUGUUCUCGCCACUGAUCAACGUAUGAGAAUGGAACGGCAGGCUUGGUGUGCAUAUAUAUCUUAAGGUGCAUUUGA